CCUCCAUUCCUCAUCGCAGCGGCGAUUUCUCAUCUGAAUUGCAGGCCAAUUCCAGUUGAGUUUCUCCACAGACCACAGAUAUGGCUUCCGGCAGGAUAGCUCUGCUCUGCCUUCUUGGCUUGCUGCUGGUAGCAGCCUCACCGGCUGCCAUUGCUGCCAAAGAUGACAAAAUCUUCUACCAGAUUACUUUCAUGUGGCCGGGAGCGUACUGCGCGCAGACGAAGGCCGGAUGCUGCAUGCCGAAGACCGACGUCGCGCCGGCGUCCGACUUCUACGUCGCCGGCUUCACGGUCUACAACGCCACCACCAACUCUUCCCUGUCCAGCUGCAGCAACACUCCAUUCGACAUGAACCAAAUUGGGGAUGUCACGAGGCUGAUGCAGUACUGGAACAACAUCAGGUGCCCCAGCAAGAGCGGCCAGAAGGGCUGGAAGAACGCGUGGGAGACGUCCGGCGUCUGCUCCGACCUCACCGAGAGCGCCUACUUUGACACCGCCCUCGCCCUCCGCGACAAGAUCAACCCCCUUUCUCGCCUCGUCAGCAACGGUAUUAAGCCGGACUUUGGGCUGUACAGCGUGAAGAAGAUCAAGGAGGUGAUCGAGGAGGGGAUCGGCGCGCCGGCGCUGAUCCAGUGCAGCAAGGGCCCGUUCAACAAGUUCCAGCUAUACCAGAUAUACGUCUGCGUCGCGGAGGACGCCAAGACGUUCGUGGAGUGCCCCAGCCCGAGGAAGCCGUACACCUGCGGCGACGACAUCCUCUUCCACCCUUUCAAGAAGUGGAUGCUCAAGACCAACUCCACCAAAUCCUACGCCGCCGCCGACGCCAUCGACCAGCUGCUCGAAGCGGUCAUGGAAAUCUGAGCUCGAUCGAUCGAUCGAUCAAGAAGACAAAUUAACCCUUGUUGUGAUAUGCGAUUUGUGCGUGUGUGUUGUCUGUUUCGAUCGUGAUGUUUUCUGCGUGUUUAUUUCGUGAUGUUCUCUCAUCGCGCCCGCGCGCGGUUGGGUACGAUCCGGGACACCUACGUAGCACUGAAUCCGUCUCUGUGAUGCAUUCAGAGAAUAAGUCCGAAUAUGUGCGGCCUUGUUAAUGUUUUCAUGAAUAACUCGUGUAGUGGGAUUACUUUGUCAUCGGACAUUUCAUGAUUUCCGAUGCACACCUUGGCUA